AUGAUCAUGCUUUUGAAGAUGGGGAUGGGUGAAGUUUUUGUGAUGUCCAAGAUGAGGAGCGAAGAUUUGGUGAAACGGGUGGUGGUCGUUGCUGUGAUGGCUAUGUUUGUUGUUGAUGCAGCUGAUACAAAUGAUGUUUAUAGUCCAUGUCUUGAUGCUAAAGUUCAGAAAGGAGAUGGUUUUACGUUUGGUAUUGCAUUUUCUGAUAAGCAAAUUUUAUACCCGGAUAAUGGUCCUCAGCUUUCACCUUGUGACAAACGCCUAGAGCUCACAAAUAAAGGAGCACAGCUUGCUGUUUUUAGGCCUAAGGUUGAUGAGAUCUCCCUACUUACCAUUAACAGGAGUACCUUAGAUCCGGGAAAAAAUGGAUUUAUGGUUGCAUUCGCUGGGAAGAAAUAUGCAGCAAGGUCCCUACCUAUUAUGUUUGUUGACAACAGUCACACAAUUACUAGUUUCACUCUGGUUCUUGAAUUUCAAGAGGGGACCCUUCAAAACUUGUAUUGGAAGAGUUUCGGUUGUGAUUCAUGUCCUAAAGGAAGUAGUUGCCUGAAUCAACAAGACUGUGCAGUGCCUAACAAAGAGUGUAAAAAAAAUGGAGCGAGUGUCUGCAACAUAGGCAUACAAUUGACAUUCUCAGGGACUGACAAGAAUCUUGAUGCUCUAAAUUCCUGGUAUGAAGUGCAAAAUCUACGGCAGUACUCCCUCUAUGGUCUAUUCUCCAAUCUUCGUGACUCCAUCAUUGGGCCAUAUGAAAACCUUUUUUAA